UAAUAAAAUAUUUUAUAAAAAUAUAUUUCGAACGCAAAUAACAAACCAAAACUGGAUGGAGAGGAGUACCGGGCCACAAAUACAUUCCCAUAAAUCCAAGUUUGAUGGAUUUCUAGUACUAUCUGUCUAUUAAAGGCGAAAAGUCGUGUGCUGGCAUUGUUUACGGCCGCCAGUAUCUUUCUACAGCCUUGCCCAAGUGCCUGCGUCAACAAUACAAGUGAACAAUAAUAACAAUAACAACACGGACAACGAAGUAGUCUAGGCCCAACACCAUAUCCUCUGUGGUCGACAACAAUGAAAGUGUUAUUAACGCUAUCAAGCCUAUUGCUGGCAUUAAAUUUUGGCAUUUCAUCAGGAUCACCCGAAGACUUAGUUUACGGCUAUGUCUGCCGCCAAGGGAAAUGCCUGAAAGAAGAAUUAUCCAAAGAGAACUGGAAUACAGCCAUCAGUUUGCCGGUGUGUCGAAUGUUUUGCGGCGACACAAUCGGUACACUUUGGCCAAAACCAAGUGGCCUCGUAGAUAUGGAAAAUGUGCUGUUGCACAUCAACAAGGAUACGAUUGAAUUUAAUGUGCCUUCAUAUACCAAACAGGCUAAGCAUUGGGAUGCUAAUCGGGAACGUUUUAUGGAUAUAUUGGAUAAUAAAGUACCGAAUCAUGAUGUGUUACGAAAACAAGGACACCCGGUGAAAAUAACCAUUGAAUUGGAUGAAAAGAAUAGGGCAAAUGAGGAAGUGCCACGUUUGACAUUGGACACGGAUGAAAGUUAUAAAUUGAACAUCAUGACGACGGGAGAGAAGAAAGUUGAGGUGAAAAUUACGGCACAGAAUUACUUUGGAGCCCGUCAUGCUUUCGAGACCCUGAGUCAGUUGAUUGUCUACGAUGACAUAAGACGUGAAAUGCAAAUGUUGGCAAAGGCCUCCAUCGAAGAUGGUCCGGCAUUUAAAUGGCGUGGUUUGCUGUUGGAUACUUCACGCAACUUCUAUUCCACCAAGGCCAUUAAAAGAACGUUGGAUGCCAUGGCCAUGGUAAAACUCAACACAUUCCAUUGGCACAUUACCGACUCCCAUAGCUUCCCCUUAGAAGUGAAAGCCCGUCCAGAAUUGUAUAAAUUAGGUGCCUAUUCACCGCGCAAGGUGUACACCCAUCAAGACAUUGAAGAUAUUGUGGAAUAUGGCCGUGUUCGUGGUAUUCGCGUUAUGCCCGAAUUUGAUGCCCCAGCUCAUGUGGGUGAGGGUUGGCAGCAUAAAAAUAUGACAGCCUGCUUUAAUGCCCAACCCUGGAAAGAUUAUUGUGUAGAGCCACCAUGCGGUCAAUUGGAUCCCACUGUAGAUGAAAUGUAUUCUGUUUUGGAAGAUAUUUAUCGAGAAAUGUUUGAUCUUUUCAAGCCUGAUGUAUUCCACAUGGGAGGCGACGAGGUUUCUGUCAACUGUUGGAAUAGCAGUGAACAAAUCCGUAAUUGGAUGACCUCGAAACAAGGUUGGGGUUUGCAGGAAAGUGAUUUUAUACGUUUAUGGGGAUAUUUUCAAACACAUGCCUUGGAACGUGUCGAUAAAGUCGCCGGGGAGAAAGUACCCAUAACCUUGUGGACCAGUCAUUUAACCGAUGUCCCCUAUUUGGAUGAUUAUUUGGAUAAAGAACGUUAUAUCAUACAAAUCUGGACCACAGGUAUGGAUCCCAAAGUCACUGACAUCUUGAAAAGAGGUUUCCGUGUCAUUGUGUCAAAUUACGAUGCCCUUUACUUUGAUUGUGGCGGUGCCGGAUGGGUUACGGAUGGCAACAAUUGGUGUUCUCCCUACAUUGGCUGGCAAAAGGUCUAUGAAAAUCGCAUGGAAAACAUUUCCGGAGAUUAUGUACCAUUAGUUAUGGGAGCCGAGGCUGCUAUUUGGUCCGAACAAAUCGAUGAGCAUACCUUGGAUCAACGUUUUUGGCCACGUGCCAGUGCUUUGGCUGAACGUUUGUGGUCCAAUAGCAAGGAUACAUGGCGCCAGGCUGAGCCCCGUAUGCUGGUACAUCGUGAACGUUUGGUGGAGAACGGCAUUGCGGCGGAAGCUUUACAACCUGAAUGGUGUUUGCAGAAUCAAAACGAAUGUCCCAUUGAUGCCUAUACGAGCCUCAAGAGAGCAUAAAUAGACGAAGGUGGAAACGUUUUGAGCUAAUCAAAUUUCUAGUAUUCUUUAUAUUGUUUACAAUAUUAAUGAUGUCGGUCCUUAUUGCGAUUGGAAGACUAUGUACAUGGAAACGAAAAAUUAUUCACGCAACAUCUGUAGAAUUAAUGCAGAUAUCAGUUAUUUAAAAUUGUUUGAAAGAAAAAAUAAAAACAAAAUUUGAAUUAUUUAAA